AUGAAACAUCAUGCUAAAUUAUUAAUCCUAUGUCCAUUUGAAUUUAUUGGAUUUUAGGAUUUAGAUCAUAAAAUAGAGGAGUACCUUAAAACUAAUUAAGAAGAAAUAGUUCUUUAUUUAGUAGGAUCACCAAUCACAUAUCUAAAAGUUUAUGAAAAAAUUUUAUUCCAUCUAUAUGAUAAAGCAUAACAUUAUCCUACUAGAUUCAGUGUUAUUUUUGAUACAUUUAAUAAGUAAUUCACUAAGAAUUACAAAUUUGAUUUGAUCAUUAAUUUAGGUACUUAAUUAUAAGGUGAUUUCAAUAUUCAACUUAAAGUAAAUCAUUAAAAUUAACAGAUCUAAUUUUCUUAAGAAUCAUAUAAAGUAAAUUAAUUUCAAAGAGGCGCAAAUGGAGGUACUUUUGAUCAUUUACAUAUUGGACAUAAAAUUCUUCUAAGUUUAAGUUUGCUAGCAAUUAGUUAACAUUUGACUAUAGGGAUAACUGGAGAUAUAUUAUUAUAAAAGAAGAAAUUAAAGAGUUUCUUAUAAUCUUAUGAAACUCGUUGUCGAUGUGUAAAAGAAUUUUGUAUAAUGUUUCGACCUGAUAUUGAAUUAUAUUUUUCUGAAUUGGUUGAACCUGCAGGACCAACCAAAAAUGGAUAAUAUGAAGUAUUAAUUGCUACAUAAGAAACUUAACAAUCAUUAUAGUAUAUCAAUAAUCUUAGGAAGGAAUAGAAUUUGAAUUAAUUAGAGGGAUAUAUUGUUGGAAUGAUAGAAAAUUAGACUCAUUAAGUAGAUGCAAAAAUAUCAUCAACUUAAUUUAGAGAAUAUAUCUAAACUAAAAAUAGAUUAACCGAAUAUGAAUAUCUGGAACUCAAAAGUUAAUGGUUAUCUGUAUGUGAUAAUCUUUAUUGGUUUGAAUCCAUUUUGGUUGAUUAUUAUUCUUAACCUUAAAGGCAUUACCAUACACUAAGACAUAUCUAUGAUAUGUUAAAAUAGUUAAAAGGAGCAAAAAAUAUUUAGAACGUUAAAUUGGCAACCUUUUUUCAUGAUGUUAUUUAUUAUCCUAAAAUUCAUGAUAAUGAAGAAAAAAGUUGCUUUUUAUUUUAAUAAUUUGCAUAAGAAUGUAAAUUAGACUCAGAAGUUAUUUCUAUUUUUAUUUUAUAAACAAAAAGUCAUUAAACUGAUGUUCCAUUCUUACCAGAAAAUGAUUUAUCAGAUUUAAUGAUAUUUUUGGAUGCUGAUAUGUCUAUUUUAGAGUCUGAUGCAUAUCCUAUAUAUGCUUAAGAUAUAAGAAUGGAAUAUUCACAUUUCCCUGAUAAAGAAUAUAAAAUAGGUAGAAUUGCUGUUUUAUAAAAAUUUUUAUAAUCUAAAAUAUUUAAUUUGAGAAGUGAAGAAAAAGCUCGAAAAAAUAUUUAAGAGGAGAUCGAAAUAUUAUAAUAGUGGGUAGUAUGA